AUGGCCAACCUGGCCGACGACUUGGCGGCGACAGCCGCAAAGGCAGCAGCAUCGCCGAGCUACAAACAAUUGAAAGAGGACUUUGUCUCAAACCUGUCGGGCGGAUCUGUGGUGGAGAUUGCCCAGGUUUGCGCAGUGGCACCGGUCGUUUCCCUCCUCUGGUCCGCCCUCCAAGCCCGACAGACUUUUUUCAAACCAUACAAUCCCUUAGCGUUUGUUGUCGACUUCCUCCUCAACGUGGGCGCCCUCUUGCUCUCCGUCACCCUCUACUCAAGCGUGCCUCUCCUGCUCAACAUCCUCCUCCUGGUCCCCGCCGCCGCGGUUUAUUUCAGCCUUUCGGACAACCCCUCGGCGCGCAGGAAAAAGCCCCAGCUUCCACCCAAUGCGCAGUCCAAGGCGUCGCCAGGGCCACCCGGUGCCCUCUCUACCAAGCCUUUUCUGACCAACUACCGCGGCAAUAUGAUGGUCGUCACCUGCAUUUGCAUUCUUGCGGUCGACUUCCGCCUGUUCCCGCGCCGGUACGCCAAGGUGGAAACCUGGGGCACAUCGCUGAUGGACAUGGGUGUCGGGUCAUUUGUUUAUUCUGCUGGUGUCGUCGCAUCUCGGCCUGUGCUUAAGGAGCGCGCCGACGGCCGAUCCACCCCGCUGGCUACCAGGCUGGUGCGGUCGUUGCGCCACUCUCUGCCGCUUCUCGCUUUGGGCGUUGUGAGGCUGCUCAGUGUCAAGGGGCUGGAUUACGCCGAACACGUGACUGAGUAUGGCGUGCACUGGAAUUUCUUCUUCACCUUGGGCUUUCUGCCACCUUUCGUAGCGCUCUUCCAGUCGGCGCUCAGGUUGGUGCCGUCGUAUGCGGGGCUGGCCAUCCUACUUGGUGUCUUGUAUCAGGUGGUUUUGGAGACCACGGAGUUGAAGGCUUACAUCCUAGCGGGGCCGAGGACCGACUUCUUGUCCAUGAACAGAGAAGGCAUCUUUAGCUUUUUUGGAUACCUCGCCAUCUUCCUCGCCGGACAAGACACGGGCAUGCUCGUCCUCCCAAGGAGCCUUGUUCCCCGAGAUGGCGCGCCCGGGACCACUGGCUCCAGACGCCGCGCGUUAGUGCUCAGGCUGGCCGGGUGGUCGGCGAUCUGGAUAACCCUCUACCUUCUUUGCACCGACUACACAUACGGCGCAGGUCUGACGGUGUCACGGCGACUGGCCAACCUACCCUACAUAUUGUGGGUGGUGGCCUCCAACAGUGCGCUCAUGUUGUCCUUUGCCUUGGUCGACACGUUUCUCUUCCCGGCAUUCUACAAGGCGCAAGACGCGAAGGCGGAGAAGGAGGCCUACCACACGGCAACGAGCCGUGUACUACAGGCGUAUAACCGGAACGGUCUGGCCAUCUUCCUGCUGGCUAACCUCCUGACGGGCCUCGUCAACAUGACAGUGCGCACGCUAGAUGUGGGCAGGAUUCCGACGAUGGGGAUAUUGGGCGGGUAUAUGGCGGUGUUGACGGGUGUCGCGGUUGGGUUGGAUAUGUACAAUAUCACCAUCAAGCUGUAA